UACUUACUUUUGUUCAUAAUUCUUUAGCAUUAUAUAAAAUUUAUAAUGCAUAAUCAAAGACCAAAAUUUCGACAGCUGCAGCAUGAGUCAGUUCAGCAAGUUGGGGCUUACUGAAUCAGACAUAAAAAUCUUGACCGAACAGCGUUACACCAUUGGCCACAAAAUCGGCGAGGGCUCCUAUGCCGCAGUGCACUUGGCCAACUAUGUGGACGAUCGCGGACGUCAAUUGAAAUUGGCUUGCAAGAUUGUGAACAUGAGCAAAGCGCCACAUGAUUUCGUUACAAAAUUCUUUCCACGCGAGCUUAAGAUUAUAGCCAAACUGGAGCAUCCGCAUAUUAUACAGACGCAUAGCAUUGUGCAGCGUCGACAGCUGGUUUUUGUCUUUAUGGCCUAUGCCACCAAUGGAGAUUUGCUAAUGCACAUCACAAAACAUGGCGCAAUUGAUGAAGAUCAGUGCAAAUUGUGGCUGCAACAAUUGGCGAGCGCUCUUAAGUAUUUACACAGUGAGGAUAUUGCUCAUCGCGAUUUGAAAUGCGACAAUGUGCUCAUCUCCAGGCAUUUCAAUGUAAAGCUCACAGACUUUGGCUUUGCGCGCUAUUGCGGCAUGGCCAAGGGCGCACCUGUGCUAUCGGACACUUAUUGCGGCUCGACUGCUUAUGCAGCGCCAGAAAUACUCGUGGGCUUGCCCUAUGAGCCGAAAAUUGCCGACGCCUGGUCGCUGGGCAUCAUUUUGUUCAUCAUGCUCAAUGGCAAAAUGCCCUUCGAUGAUAAAAAUCAGCCACAAAUGUUGGCAGACCAGCGAGCCAAGCGUUACGCUUUUACGCGCAGGCGGGAGUUUUCAGCUGAUGCCAAGGCCACAGUGGCGGUGCUAUUGGAGCCCAAUGUCCAAGCACGCUGGAAUGUCCAAGAGAUUCUCAGCUGUAAUUGGAUACUCGAUUUAAGAGUGAGAGCAUCUGAAUCUCACUAAAUUUACGUAGCUCUCUAAUAUUUCAUAAAAAUUCAUUAUGUGUGCAAUUUGGUCAAGUUUUUUGUGCUGCAAAUUUUCUUGUCUAUAAAAUA